GGAGAGUGGAUAACAUUAACAAAAAGAGCAGAGAGCAGCACUUGAACUCUGGUCGGAGAAGACAAGGCAAGUGAAGGCCAUGGUUCCACUCUCACUCACACGCUUUACAGCCCCCCUCCCUUGUGCUAUUCAUGGAGCUAAACAAUUAACUCUCCAAUGCACAAAUCAUGAGCAGGACAUAUUACAGGGUAGUUGCAUAUCUGAGAAAAUAACAUUAAGGAGGACACUUGUUCUUUCUGCUUUUGUAUCAACUUGUGUUUUUCCAACCUUAUCUUCUUAUGCCAAGACUAAAACUAAGAAUCCAUAUGAUGAAAAACGCCUCCUACAACAAAAUAAACGGAUACAGCAAGAAAACAAUGCACCUGAGGAUUUCCCAAAUUUCAUAAGAGAAGGUUUUGAAGUUAAAGUAGUAGCACCGGAUAACUAUACCAAGAGUGAUUCGGGGCUCAUAUACCGGGAUUUCGAAGUUGGUAAAGGUGAUUGCCCAAAGGAUGGUCAGCAGGUAACGUUUCACUAUGUCGGCUAUAACGAAUCUGGCCGUCGUAUAGACAGCACUUACUUACAGGGUUCUCCUGCCAGAAUCCGUAUGGGAACUAAAGCAUUGGUUCCUGGAUUUGAGGAAGGAAUUAGAGACAUGAGACCAGGUGGAAAGAGAAGAAUCAUUAUUCCCCCUGAACUUGGGCCACCAGUUGGACCUUCAACCUUUUUCAGCUCAAAACAAUUUGAAGUUUUUGAUGUUGAAUUAUUAAGCAUACAGAACUGUGAAAGGAGGACCAUAGCUUUCUACUCUGAUGUUGUAUGCAACUGAAGUUCCUUACUUUAUUUGUUACCUAUACCUUCAUAAUUUCUUACCAAAAUGGUUAACUAUGGAAGAUUAUUAAGGAUGAGUUGGAACUUGGAGACAUAAUUGAUUAUUUGUAAUUUAUUUUCUUCUUGUAGAAAGUUAAAGAUAAAACCAUGUUUCUCUAGAAAUAGGAAAUCAUGCACAUUAUUGAAAGAACAAAAAUUUAAUGUAAAUUAUGCAUACAUUAAUAAAAUUGUUAUAAUUAGAA